AUGAUUGCAGUGGCCGUCACUGCUGGUGUGCUGAUGGUGAUUGCUAUCAUUGUCGGUGCCACUGGACCAAGAGUCUACGACAGUCAAUCAUACUCUGCAUACAACUGUCAAAAUGGCUCACAUGUUUGGAGUCCUCCACCUGCUUGUAUCGGAUUUCAACCAUCACAGCCAGGUGCAAUUUGGAUUCAAGAGAUCGAUGGAAUCACUCAGCUGACUAGAUUCUGGGCAGUACAACUGACGCCAUACAGCAACAACUUGGUCAACAAUACCAUCUACAACUUACAGUUGUCCGUACAGAUAUACGGAGGAGAGUCAUCAUUGUUGACUAACACAACCACAACAAUGUUGAUCGAGUGUCCCGCUGGCAAUGGCGCAUGCACCACCUUUACACUCAUUGACCAACAGGUGUUGGAGAAUGAGUUCUACAUCGUUCAGGUGUCUCUGCUCAACCCCAACGACAAUAUCAUUGGUGACAUUGUCUACUCAGUGUGGCGUGCUCAUGAGAAGUUCUCCUCGUUCGAGAUCGCCAUCCACUUGACCUACAUGGUGUUAUCCAGUGGCCUGGUCAUUUUCUAUCUCUACGCCAUGCGUACGCUUUCACUCAGCUUGUGGACCUUUGAGCAAAAGUUCCUCUUUAUUCUUUUGAUUGCACUGGUACUCUCAAACAACCCCUUCUUUGGAUUCCAGUACAUUGUAUCUGGAUGGUUCUUCCCAUUCCUCAACUCUGUUUUCUCCAUCGUGUUCCUGUGUGUCUUUUCUUUGUACUCAAUGACAAUCUUGGACAAGAUGAGAUUGGAAUACACACAACCAGGCAUGGGUCCAGGAUACAUCCUAAAGUUGGCUGUCAUUGGAACAUUUGGAGCAUUGGGUAUCGCUCUUUUCACUUGGAUCAAUCUCCGCGAUAGGAAGGAUCCAGUAUUAGGACCAGCUCUGGCAGUCAAUGGUAUUCAGGUACUGUUCUACUUUGUGUCCACUAUAUUCAUUGCUAUACUGCUCUGGAUAUCGAUGUUAGUGGUAAUAACAGCACCCAUAGUCUCUGGCAAGAGAUACUUGAUUCCCAAGUUUGUAUUCACAUCGGCACCCAUCUCGAUCUAUGUGUUCUCAGUGAUCAUUGGAAUCUUUGCAGGCACAUUUGGACCACUCAAUCCAACGGCACUCUCUGUUAUGUACUUUAAUACAUUGAACAAUGUAUUUACAGCACUGAUUGCAUACUCGUAUUGGCCAAAGAUUACAGGCAACCAGCAGCAGGCCGUCACUGGUAACGAGGAGGAACAGAGACUGUUUGGUGAUGACAGCCAAUUGUAA